CGUCAGGAAGACAACCUCCCCGGUAUCAGCAAGCAUGGGCCUCCUCACCAUCAUCCGCAAGAACAAGGCCAAGGCGCGCGAGAUGCGCGUGCUGUUCCUCGGACUAGACAACGCGGGCAAGACGACGAUCCUGAAGCGCGUGUCGGGCGGCGACGUGACCACCGUGUCCCCGACACUGGGGUUCAACAUCCAGACGCUGGUGCGGGGGGAGUACACGCUGAAUAUCUGGGACGUCGGAGGCCAGCGCACCCUCCGGCCAUACUGGCGGAAUUACUUCGAGUCGACCGACGCGGUGGUGUGGGUCGUCGACUCGAGCGACGCGCUGCGGCUAGGCGACGGGGCGGACGAGCUGCGCGCGUUGUUGUCUGAGGAGCGCCUCGCCGGGGCCACGCUGCUCGUCUUCGCCAACAAGCAGGACCUGGCCGGCUCGCUCUCGCUCGAGCAGGUGCGUGACGCGCUCGGCCUCGACGCCAUCGAGUCGCACAAGUGGCGUAUUGUGCCGUGCUCGGCCAUCUCGGGCGCCGGCCUCGACGAGGGACUCGACUGGGUUGUCGGCGAGGUCGCUGGCCGCCUGUACUGGUCUGGUCGGGCCACGGGCACCGAGUUUGCCAAAGUCCCCCUGCCUGCGGCCGGUGGCGCCGUGGCCACCGCGUCAUGA